GAGUUCACCAAUGUCAAGUGCACAAGUUUUGACAAGGAGUUUAGCGACUUUGAAUAUUGCUACCUGAAGUCGGUAAAUCGGAGCUAUAAGUACCUAUCGGUUAAGUGCAACAUGCUCAAAACUCCAGUGACUAAAAUAAAAGUGAAUGUAGCGCUAUUCAAGCGAUUCAGUGGCUACAGGCCCUUUAUGUACAAUGGCACAGUGGACUUCUGCCGGUUCUUGAAAAAUCCCAGUUCGAGUCCAUUCGUUAACUUUUGGUAUGGUAUUGCUGUAAACUACUCCAAUUUGAAUCACUCGUGUCCCUACAAUCACGAUCUGCGAUUGGAAAAGCUUCCUGUCGAUGUUGUGAACUACCAGCUGACAGAAGUGCUGCCUUUUCCUGAAGGAGAUUAUUUGAUCGAAUCCACUUGGAUGGCUAACGACAUUAAGAAGGUCCACAUCAAAUUCUAUGGCUCUCUAUUUUAA